AAGGGGCGGGGCUCCUGUGACGUCACUCCGCUCCUCAGCCGCGCGUCCCAGGCAUCCUUCUUCCUCCCAACCUCCCUACCCGGAAGCCUGUUUAAGUCUCUGGCGUCCCGGCGGGUUUAUGUUUUCGUUUUCAGAGGGCCUGGGUGAAGCCGGGAGGAAGCGCUUGUUCCCCUCCCUCAGCCGAUGGUGCGUGUGUCUGAUCCUUAAGUUGGAGCUAUCCUGAGUGCGUCACCCUCGGCGCCAUUGCCCUUUGGCUGCCAGCCGUCCGCCUGCCCCAGGACCGCUCAGAAGAGACAGCCUGCAUGAGCCUUCUUCCACACUAUGGGCUCAUCCAAGUUCCAGAUUCCCAGAGAAGUGGAGACAGGACCCUGCUCAGUCCUCGUCAGACUGCUGUGAGGAUGGACCCAGCAUGCAGACCUCUGGGCAUCCCAGGGAUGUCUGAGAACCUGCAGCUAUGGAGUUCCUUGCUCCAGCAAACCAGCAAAUGCCAGGAGGAUCCAGGUGGUAGAAAGGCCCCACAGAUCUGAGGACCUGAACAGAAGCCUCAAACCCAAAUGGCCCUUUGACUUCUGGAAUGGUCUCCACCUCUCGGGGUGGGUGCAAAUCAAAUAACCAAAGCAAUUCCAUUUGCUCCCCUGUACCACUGCUGCAUAGCUGCUGCAGGCUUUUGGAAGAUUGAUGGUUCAAACUAUUGAAUUUUCUCAGCUUGGCUAUGAGCCAGCACUCCAUUUCAUGGAUUCUCUCCUGGGAAGCAGGAAAGGAGAUCAGUUUAUUAGCAAAAAUAGAGGAUCUCCUCUGCUGCACUGCUCAAACAGCCCCAGAAAGGAAUCUUUUCAAGAAUGGAAAUCAGGGCAAUGCUGAACUGCUGCUCUAGGCAGCCUCUCUCCUGGAAUGUGUCACAGGUGAAUCAGGCCACAGUUCCUGGCCUGGAAGUUCAAAGGGAUUUGUUCUGUCAGCAUGCCUUUUGUAAUGGGAGUGAUGGACAAAGAGUCAUCCCCUUCCUUGGGAGUCAAAAACCACCAUCAAGAGUGUAAAGAUCUGUAAGGCUUAGAAAAUAUGCAGGAUGGUCCAGCCAACUGCUUCAAGGUAAACCUGGCCUUUGGAUGUGACAAUAAUGAGAGCAGCAAAAUGCAAAGGAGCACAUGGUUAAAUCUAAGUGAAAACAAAUUGUCCCUUCUAAGAUACUAGUACAAAUAUGUGAAAAAUGAAUUUCCACCUGGCCAAGACAAGAAAUGCAUGGAUUUGUGGGGAGGGUGAUGAGUGGAGGUCCAGAAGCCUUUAGAAUUGAGAUUUGGGCCAUUCAGAUGUAAAACUGUGGGAGGAUGCCUGAGGAAGUCACUGGUGUGGGAUUCGUGCCCUCCAGCCCAUGCAAUCUGCCUCAGGACCCUGAGCCAGAGGCCACACUGUACCUACUGUCACCUGCCCACUGUUCUGGCCUAGGUCACUGCCAGGAGGCCCCUGCAAUUUCUGCAAAGAUACACUGUAGAUGACUCACUCCAGCAGCUCCUUCCCAAUCUCCUGCAUGGAACUCUGCAAACACAGUGCUCAGCAGCCUCACAGGAGGUGUCAGGAGGCUGCCUGGCCAUUGCCACAGGGGGAGCACACCAUGCUAUCGCUGCAACUCAAAUCAGGCAAAGACGGAUGUUUGAUGAUGACAACAUCUGUGCCCAGGAUUAACAUGUUGAAUGAAGAUGACUUUUGGGUCCAGGAUUAACAUGAUGAAUGAUGGUUGCCUCACUGUCACCACUUUCCUUCCUGCCAGCCACCCACCUCCUGAGAUGUGAACACAAAGAGCACAAGUUUUCAAACCCUGACAUCGAUGGUCCCAUUCUUCAUGCCUCCUGCACACUGAGAGGAGGAGGUUAUGGGGCUGCCCAGGCAGUGUGACACUAUUGGCAUUUCCUGAAUUUCUGAGCUUGCACCAGCUUCACUUACUUUUGGGAACCUCCUGGUCAAUGGACAGCAUCCUCGUGGUGGACAGUUGAACCAACAUCUACAUCGUCGCAUAAAGUUCUCAUUUCCAGGUUUUCUGAGACCAGAUCUGUGAACACAACAAGAAAAUAUGUUCAUCUCUUGAGUGGCUUUGGCUUAUUGAUCCGGACCUCUUUCCAGGAACCGGUCGUUGCAGGACCUGGCCCCGCCCACGCGUGCACGCCCCUGGGGGCGGGGCCCCCGCCCUCCAGCCCUCCAAUGGCUCCAGGUGCCAGUUGGGAACGUUCCCUGAAGGGAGUCACCCCAGACCUUGAACAAAUCAGCCAGAGUGAGGGCCCAAUCUUGGACAGCACGAUUCUUCAGCAGAUGCAUUUUAGCAAAUGCAGCUUCUUUUCAGUACCUUUCAAUUGAAGCAGUUGGAUUUAAUUGAUGAUGGGAAAGAAUGAGACCACAGGAAUGGAUUUUAUUCUCCUGGGACUCUGCCCAGCAUGAAACUCGCUGACAUCCUCAUUGCUGUGAUCAUCUUCAUCUGUGUUGCUGCCCUCACAGGGAAUUCCACCCUGAUUCUCCUCAUCCUGGUGGAUUCCCAGCUCCAUACGCCCAUGUACUUCCUUCUCAGCCAGCUGUCCCUCAUUGACUUGCUCCUCAUCUCCACCACUGUCCCCAAGAUGGCCAUUGACUUUCUCUCAGGGAAGAAAAACAUCUCAAACACAGGCUGUGGGACACAGAUGUUUUUAUAUCAGAUGCUGGGGGGAGCUGAGUGCAUUCUCCUGACUCUCAUGUCCUGGGAUCGCUAUGUGGCCAUCUGCUACCCACUGAGAUACCGAGUCAUCAGGAACCACAGGGUCUGCCUGAUGAUGGUCCUGGGGUCCUGGGCUGGGGGUGCCCUAAAUGCUCUAGUCCAGACUGCAUACACCAUGCACUUACCUAAGUGUGGCCCCAAAGAGAUAGAACAUUUUUUCUGUGAAAUAAUGACUAUCUUGAGUUUCUUUUGUGAGGAUACUUAUGUGUAUAAGUUGGCAAUGCUUGUGACAGGCAUUGUGCUACUCCUCAUUCCUUUUGCUAUCAUCUUUUCCUCCUACUCCCUCAUCUUCUUCACUGUCCUCCACAUGAAUUCCCCCAAGGGGAGGAACAAAGCACUGGCCACCUGCUCCUCCCACCUGAUGGUUGUGAGUCUCUUUUAUGGACCAGCCAUCUUCACCUACAUGACUCCUGGCUCCUCACACAGCUCCAAUCAAGACAAGGCUGUAUCAGUGUUAUUUUCAAUUAUCACCUCUACGUUGAACCCCUUUAAUUAUAGCCUGAAAAACAAGGAUGUUUAGGGGGCAUUUAGGAAGAUAUGGGAAAAGUGUCAUUUCUAAAAUUAAAACUCCCAAUCUUUUCAUUUCACCACAUCUAAUGAAUAUUUUGUAGUGUUUGACAUAUCAAUA